AUGUACACUGCCCGUGCCGUCCGACCAAAGCUGUCUCUCAGCAUCUCGACUGCCCAGAACGUCCCUCGACCCUCAUUGUCACUCAAGUCACCAAGUGCGCUGCCUCGCACUCCUGUUUCGCCGAUUUCAGCGGGAAGCCCGACAGCCAACAGAUUCUCGACUCUACAAGUACCGAGCUAUUCAUACACGAACUCUUGUUCAGCAAAGAGCAUCCUCAAGAAGCAGACUUCCUCACGAGCGGCCACUGGCGAUAAGCGCAUUCAAUUCAAGGGGACGCCGACUGUCCACUGUGUCACGCCAAUUGAGAAUCCGGACGAGUAUUACGGCAAACACACGAAGAUGUCACGGGAAGAGCGGCGAUGGACGGUCCGACAUGACGAUACAUCGGUAGCCAUUGUUGAGAAGACAAAACAAGCAAAUGGAACUGCAGCUAAGAUUCAUUUCCUCGAAAAUGUAACGGCAGACACGCGCGCGCACCGCGGCAUCCACCCCAUCAUCGCCCUUGAAUCUCACCAGGACCACCUCGCAACCCUUGUACAGAAAGCCCUCAACCACCUGCCGGAGUCUACAGCUGGAGACGGAUUCAAACUAUUAGAUGGGACUUAUCGCCGCCGGCCUGAUUUUAUUUCCGCCACGAGAGGUCCGGGCAUGCGAUCCAAUCUGUCCGUCGGUCUUGACACUGGAAAAGCGCUAUCAGUUGCAUGGCAAAUACCGAUGGUCGGAGUACACCACAUGCAGGCACACCUCCUGACACCUCGACUCGUUUCAUGUCUGGAAAACGAGGCCAAUCCCGAAGUACCAGCAGUAGCGCCCGCAUUCCCCUUCUUGUCCAUUCUUGUCUCCGGCGGACACACGAUUCUGGUCCAAUCCAAAAGCCUCACGGACCAUAAAAUACUCGCCACUAGUGAAGAUAUAGCUAUGGGAGAGGCACUCGAUAAAUCUGCAAGAGAUAUCCUGCCCGCUUCCCUACUCCAAGAAGCUAAGAGUACUAUGUACGGCAAGACGCUGGAGCAAUUCGUCUUCCCGGGUGGCAAGGCAGAUUCCGCAGACUACUCGCCACCAGAGUCUCGAGGUCAAGAGAUCGUCAAGCGGCAAAGUGACUGGGGAUGGUCUCUGACGACUCCGUUUGCGAAUACGCGGCUGAUGCAGUUCAGCUUUUCUUCCAUCGCCAGCAUGGUUGGGAAGAUCGUCAAAGAUAAAACGAGGGAUGGUGAGAUGUCGCAUAAAGAGCGUGUGGAUUUAGGUCGGGAAACUAUGCGUGUCUGUUUCGAGCACCUUGCUUCGCGGACUGUUAUUGCCCUGGAGACUCAGCGACCAUACAAUACCUGCGAAGAUGAGAUCAAGACUCUCGUUGUUAGUGGCGGUGUUGCCGCCAACAAAUUCCUCAUGAAGGUGCUAACCUCCUUCCUGGAAGUGCGCGGCUUUGGUGAUAUGAAGAUCGUUGCUCCGCCGCCAUACCUGUGUACCGACAAUGCGGCCAUGAUUGGGUGGGCAGGUAUUGAGAUGUUCGAGGCUGGGUUCCGAUCUGAACUCAGCUGUCGUCCCCUGCGGAAAUGGUCUCUUGACCCCAAUGCUGGCGACGGAGGUAUCCUUGGCCCAGGAGGCUGGAUCCGAGAGUGA